CACAAGGCAUUUGUCUUAGUUAGAAAUGCGCCUUUCUCAUAUUUAAGCGAUCUGUCAUGUUUUACGUUAAGUAACGGUAGCUUAAGUUGGGGAAAUUACAAGAUGACAUGGGGGUCCUGCCAAAGGAUGCCAUGGUUAGUUGCCAGGAGAUACUUGAGUGCAACUCCUGCUUCUCCACCCACCAUCAUGUCCCGAUUCCUCUUGCGGUUAAGUCAGCAGUUCUAUGACGUGGAACAGUUUGUGACCUGGAGCUCCACCCUCAGGGACAGGCUUGUCCGGCGCAGGAAUCUCUUCUAUGGCUAUGCACAGCAAAAUUAUGGUGACAACAUUGCUGCGGCAUACUACAUAUUGAGCGUGAAAGGAAGUUUCAGGUUUGCUGGACAAACAGAAUGGUUCCGGACUAAUGCCAGAGGACGAUUCAGCUAUGAGUUCAUGAGCUUCCCCGACUCUAUGAUUGAAGAUAUUGACUUGAGUGGCACUCUCAUCAACCAUAAUGGACUAAACAACAUUGUGAGUCAGCUGCAGCUCCGGAGGCUCACCCUAAGGGGCUGCCCAGAGGUGGAUGGCUGGUUCCUCACACGGCUGCACGUAUUCAGCGACACCCUGGAGGAGCUGGACAUCUCCCACUGCCCCCGCGUUACUGUAGGAGCACUGUGUGCCCUGCAGCACCUCAGGAAGCUGCGUCAUCUGGACAUCUCUGGCCUCCCCAGUGUGAACAACCCUGGGCUGGUGCGCAUUCUUGUCGAGGAGAUGCUGCCACACUGCCUUGUGACUGGGGCUGAGUACAGCCAAGGCCUUGAGGACAACAUGCAAACCAACAUAGAACAAACAAGCAUAAACCAUCCCACAGCAUCAGAGGCCCGGCCACGCUCAGAGCAAAGCGGGCUGAGUAGCACUGAGAGACAAGGGCAGAUGCAGUGACACUGGGAACUUGUGCACAGACACAAUUAUUUAUAUGAACUCUUCAUCUCACAAGGUCAACCCACAAUCACAGAUAAAAAGAGGAAAAAGGGAUGAUCAUACAUGCAUACACAAUAGACUGUUACUUUGUUUCAUGUUGCAAAUUGCAGUCAAAAUGUCUUUGCAUAUAACAUCAAUAGCCCUCAAUGUUGAAAUAUUGUAAAUCAACUACACUUAUUGUAAUUAGUGUAAUUAGUGUGUUUAUACUGAUUUUGAAAUUCAUCUGCACCUAAACAUGUAAAUGGAAAUUGUCUUCAAGUGUUCUGUGGACUCGUAAUGUUUUUGAAUGGAGGUGUGACUGCAGUUAUUACACUCCAAGGUCGAUACUGUAUAGUAUUAUUAUAAAAAAAUAUUUUAUUAAAAUGUUAAAAUGA